AUGGAUCAAACAGACGCAAAAGGGCGGAGGGACUCUGGAUCUCACGAUAUCACAUCUCCGGACAAAGUUGUUUGUGAAUACCGCGGAAGCGUGGAGAUUGUUAGGGCCGGAACUCUUGCCGCGCUCGUUGAAAAUCUGACGCGCCACGACAAGCUCGACGGUUCCUUCAACCGGAUCUUCUUCACUACUUAUAAAUAUUUUACCUCUGGGACAGAGCUCCUUGAGCUCCUUAUUGAUCGAUUUGAUUGUUCGCCUCCCAUAUUCAACGCCUCAACGACGGCAGAAUGGUCGACUCAGACAAAGCCACUGAUUCGAUUACGCGUGAUAUAUGUUUUGAAGCAAUGGCUCGAACAUUUCUGGUCGGAGCCAAAAGGCAAUGAUACAGAUCGAAAAUUGCGAAUACUACAGUCAUUUGCAAAGCGCGCCACGGAUGUCACCGAGACAAGCGCGACACAACAUCUUCUCAAAAUUAUCCAGCGCCGACUUGCGGGUAUCGAUGGCCAGAGAAGAUCACUAUCAUCUAUCUCAGCCCCGCCAAAGCCAAUCCUGCCACGGAAAUUAGACAAGCUCCAGUUCCUUAAACUCGAUGCCAAGGAGAUUGCUCGGCAGCUGACUAUUAUGGAAGCGCAUAUCUUUGGCAAAGUACAGCGAGAUGAAUUGUUAAACAAAAACUGGCAAAAGAAACAGAGCUCCAGUACACCUGAGCUAGCUCCAAACGUCAGGGCUUUGAUUCAGUAUUCCAAUCAGCUUUCUAAUUGGGUCUGUGCCUUAAUACUCGCAGAAUCGGAAUUGAAAAAGCGGACUCAGGUGAUAGGGCAUUUAGUCAAUGUGGCCAACAUAUGUCAUCAACUCCAUAAUUAUUCUGCGGUAGUCUCUAUCCUGUCAGGCCUGGAAAGUGCCCCAAUCUACCGGCUUGCUCGCACUUGGGCAAUGGUCACCGAACGUAGUUGCGAUACACUAAGGCCCUUGCAAGCUAUGAUACUCAGUGCACACAAUUACCAGGCCUACCGUGAUACGUUACGGGUUGCAGUGCCACCGUGCAUUCCUUUUCUUGGUCUAUUUUUGAAGGACCUGACAUUCAUUGAAGAUGGAAACCCAGCCACUACACCAGAAGGGCUCAUAAACUUCCACAAAUAUACUAUGCUAGCAUCAACCAUUCAUGAGAUUCAGCGUUUAAGAGAAGCCCCUUACUCCUUACAACCCGUGCCGGAGUUGCAGGAAUACCUUGCGACUCAGCUGCAGUCAGCUGUUGAUGUACAUGAAAUGUGGGACAAAAGCUGCGAGCUGGAGCCUCGAGGCCGGGGUCUUGGAGAUAGACCCCGGGACCUAUAUACCCCAACAGGAGGCAUGUUAGCGUCUAUGGUAGUCGCUUGCAUGGUCCUGGAUGAUUGA